UCUAUCCCGGAGCUCAUUCUUUCUCUGACCGUCGAGCAGCGCGGAGUGCGGUAAAACGAAACGGCGCUCGAGAGUGAACGUAUACGACACAUAACCGCAAAGUAUAGAGGACGCGAACGCAACGGACUGGGGAAGCGCGUUCGCGCGAAUCGCAGGUCGAUCGUCGAGGGAAAAAAAGAAAAAGGAAAAAAAAAAAAACGAGAAAAAAAGGAUCGUUACGAGGAGGUGUUUGUUCGCCGAAUUUUGCCAGUUUGUGCGCGUUAGUCGGGCCCUCCCCACGCUCGACUUCCUCGGGACAAAGAGAGAGGAGACGCCACGCAUCGUGCUACACGCCCGCUACCGUCACUGCCGCUGCCGCCGCCACCGCGCCACCUUCUUUCGGAAUAAUAUAUCCAGUGUGUAUUUUGUGUGGAGCAGCGACGAGAGACACUCCUCUACAGGGAAAUUUUACCUCGUCGUGCCAUUUACGACGCCCUCAACUAUCGAGGUCAGUUUUAUUGGACGCACGACACCUGAUUACAGCAUCCGGAGAGCGCGAGCGAGAGGGACAGGCGAGCAGAAGGGGCUAGAGAGGCAAAAAGAGGAAAGAUGGGAGCGAGACAGAGCAGAAGGUCCGUGGAUAUAACAACGACUCCGAAGAAGGAGGGGUUGCCCGCCGACGGUGGUGUCGGGGAUGCUGCCGCACCUGGCGAUGGCAAGCUGGAGAGGAUCGAGGAGACCGACACCAAGCCUACUACCAAUGGUAUAGCGCCGCACACGGACGUUCCCGAGGAUAAGGACAAAGAUAAAGACGAUGCCACGGAAAAAGAGAAAGACAAAGAGCAGCAAGAAGAGGUAAAGGAAACGAAGCAAGAGUCGGGCGGAGAAUCUCCCGCGGAAACGGCAGAGGUCACAACGCCGACAGAAGCGUCCACUCCAAACACUGCCACUUCUCCAGACAAUAAGGAAACGAAGAAGAAGGAAAAGAUGAAGAAAAAGUGGUCCUUCAGGUCGAUCAGCUUCAGCAAGAAGGAUAAGAACAAGCCUGCCCGCGAAGAAGCGCCCAAGAAUGGAGACGUCACCAAGGAGGAACCUCUCGCAGAGAGCACUCCGGAGCAACCAGAGGCCCCAGUAGAAAAUAACGUGGCCCACGACGUUAGUACGACAGAAAGUUCAACCGAGCCUAUCAAGGUUACAUCUCCAGCCGUCCCAAGCGAAGUAAUAACCGCCUCUCCGCCAUCUGCCCCAGCCAUCACCGAGGAUGUUGCCUCGGUGGCCAAGGCUAUCGAAGAAAUUGACAUAAGCGAUAAGGCUGUUGCGGCGGCAACCAUCGAGUGUAAUACGAAUGAAAUUAUCGCGGAAGCACGUUACCAAAACAACAUAAACGAAUAAACAUCGCUAAUCGAAUUGUAUUUUGGGAAGAAGAAAGUUCUUUUCUCUCGUUAAAACCAAAAAA